AUGAGUUCCAAGGAGGUUCCUAUUCCGGGACCCAAGGGGGUCCCACUUCUGGGUAACAUCUAUGACAUCGAGGCUGAAGUGCCAAUGAAGAGCAUUGAGCUGAUGGCUGAUAACUACGGCCCAAUCUAUCGACUUACGACCUUUGGCUCCCCACGUGUAUUCGUCAGUUCCCACGAACUGGUCAACGAAGUUUGCGACGAAGAAAGAUUCGCAAAGGCAGUCACAGGAGGACUAAAAGAGAUCAGAAAUGGUACCCAUGAUGGCCUUUUCACGGCAGAUGUGCCGGGCGAAGACACCAAUUGGGGCGCUGCACACCGAGUGCUAGUCCCCGCCUUUGGGCCAUUGGCGAUUCGUGGAAUGUUCGAUGACAUGUACGAUAUUGCGAGUCAGCUCGUAAUGAAGUGGGCUCGACAAGGCCCGAAUGCCAACAUCACGGUCGCAGAUGACUUCACCCGCUUGACGCUGGAUACCAUUGCACUUUGUGCCAUGGGCACUCGCUUCAACUCUUUCUACCGCGACGAGAUGCAUCCGUUUGUGGAGGCCAUGGUGGGCCUACUUGCUGGGUCGGGGGCACGGUCUCGCCGUCCGGCUCUUCUCAACAAUUUGCCCACGAGCGAGAACGCGAAGUACUGGGCUGAUAUAGAUUAUCUGCGCAAUCUGUCACAGGAGCUGGUUGAAGCGCGGAAAAACCAUCCCGAAGAUAAGAAGGAUCUUCUUAAUGCCAUGGUUCUAGGGCGAGAUCCUCAGACUGGGAAGGGCCUGACUGACGAUUCGAUUGUCGACAACAUGAUUACUUUCCUCAUUGCUGGACAUGAGACUACGUCCGGCAUGCUAUCAUUUUUGUUCUACUACUUACUUAAAACACCACAUGCCUACAAGAAAGCUCAAGAUGAAGUCGAGCAGGUUAUUGGACAGCGCAAGAUCACAGUGGACGAUAUGUCCAAACUUCCCUACAUCACAGCCGUGAUGCGCGAAACGCUGCGACUGAGGCCCACUGCACCAUUCAUCAGCGUACACGCCCACCCGACUAAGAACAAGGAAGAACCUGUUACCCUUGGAGGUGGGAAGUACGUCCUCAACAAAGACGAGCCCAUUAUUGUGAUGGCCGGAAAGAUGCAGCGCGACCCUAAAGUAUGGGGUGCUGACGCCGACGAAUUCCGACCCGAACGAAUGCUGGACGAAAACUUCGAAAAGUUGCCCAAAAACGCAUGGAAGCCAUUUGGAAAUGGUAUGCGAGGCUGUAUCGGACGGCCAUUUGCGUGGCAAGAAGCCCUACUUGUCGUGGCGAUUCUGCUACAGAACUUCAAUUUCCAGAUGGCUAAUCCCAGCUAUGAUCUGCGUAUCAAGCAGACCCUUACUAUCAAGCCUAAGGAUUUCGAAAUGAAAGCAUCUUUGCGCCAUGGGCUUGAUCCGACACAACUUAGCAUCGCAUUGGGUGGCACUGCAGGCGAGGCGAAGGUGGCUGGUCUUGAGGAUCGGGAGAAGAAGCCCAAGCAGGCUCCUGCGAGUGGCGAGCUUAAGCCGAUGCAUAUCUUCUUUGGAAGUAACACGGGUACUUGUGAGGCGUUUGCGCGCAGAUUAGCAGAUGAUGCUGUGGAGUAUGGGUUCUCGGCCUCGACCAAUUCUUUGGAUUCUGCUCUGCAAAAUAUCCCAAAAAAUGACCCUGUUGUUUUCAUCAGCGCAUCUUAUGAAGGGCAACCGCCUGACAAUGCGGCUCACUUUUUCGAGUGGCUGAGUGAGCUUAAGGGAAGCAGCUUGGAAGGUGUUAACUACGCAGUCUUUGGCUGUGGACAUCACGAUUGGGCUGCUACUUUCCAUCGGAUUCCAAAGGCAGUCGAUGCGUUGGUAUCGGAAAACGGAGGAAACAGACUCUGUAAUAUUGGACUUGCCGACGCCGCUAAUUCAAACAUGUUCACUGAUUUCGAUAACUGGGGAGAUUCCACAUUCUGGCCCGCUAUCACAUCGAAAUUCGGCGGAGGACAAGACAAGUCAGCCAAAUCCAAGACAUCCCUACAGGUGGAGGUAUCUUCUGGAAUGCGCGCUUCGACACUAGGCCUCCAGCUAGAGGAAGGGUUCGUGUUGGAAAACCAAGUCCUGACACAGCCUGGUGUACCUACAAAGAGACAGGUGAAGUUCAAGCUCCCAACCGAAAUGAACUACCAAUGCGGCGACUACCUGGCCGUCCUUCCCGUGAACCCAACUCCCGUGGUCCGCCGAGCAAUCCGCCGCUUCGAUCUACCCUGGGACGCCAUGCUGCGCAUCCAAAAGCCAUCAAAGACUGCAGCCGCCCCCUCUUUCCCGCUCGACACUCCAAUCUCCGCCUUCGAGCUCCUGUCCACAUACGUCGAGCUCGCCCAACCUGCCUCAAAACGCGAUCUGAAGCUCCUUGCUGACGCCGCGAUCGAAGAUGCCGAGACUCAGGCCUCCCUCAACUACAUCGCCUCGAGCCCCAGCAAUUUCACCUCCGAAAUCGUCCAAAAGCGCGUCAGUCCCCUGGACCUACUUCUCCGCUACCCUAACAUCAAGAUCCCGAUUGGCGAUUUCCUCGCCAUGCUCCCACCCAUGCGCGUACGCCAAUACUCCAUCUCCUCAUCUCCGCUCUCGAACCCAGAUGAAUGCACAAUCACCUUUUCCGUCAUCAACGGCCCCGCUCUCUCGGCCAGCGCCUCAGAGCCCAGCGCUGAAGCAGAAAUCCAAUACAUGGGCGUCGCAUCAAACUACCUCUCCGAGCUCCAAGUCGGUGAACGGGCACACAUCUCCGUCCGCCCUUCGCACUCGGGCUUCAAGCCCCCAGUAGCCCUCGAAACACCCAUGAUCAUGGCCUGCGCCGGAACUGGCCUCGCGCCGUUCCGUGGAUUCAUCAUGGACCGCGCUGAGCGCAUCCGCGGUCGGAGCAGCUCGUUCUCCGCGGACCACGACGGCGAGAAACCUGCCAAGGCAGUUCUAUACGCUGGUUGUCGGACUAAGGGUCAAGAUGAUAUCCAUGCUGCUGAGCUGGAGGAGUGGGCUAAGAUAGGCGCUGUUGAGGUCCGUUGGGCAUAUAGUCGCCCGGCGGAUGGAUCUGGUGGCUGUUAUGUUCAGGAUCUCAUGCGGAAGGAUAGCGAGGAGCUUUGCGAGUUGUUCGAGUCUGGGGCGAACAUCUAUGUCUGUGGCAGUACUGGGGUUGGGGGUGCUGUGAGGGAUGUUUGUAGGGAGAUUUAUCUUGGACGGCGAAAGGAGAAGAUCGAACGAGCUAAGCAGACUGGGGAGGAGCUUAUUAUGGAUGCGGAACUUGAGGAUGAUGUCGCCGCUGAUAGAUUCUUUGAGAAAUUGCGCACCAAGGAGAGGUUUGCUACUGAUGUGUUUACGUGA